AUUUGAAAAAUGGAAUGAAUUUAGGUGAACUUUCUCAAGAAAAAAAAAUGGCGAUUAGGACAUUUCUUCGCUACAGAAGUGUACAUUAUUUCUCCAGAACACUCUUCCAUUGCUAUCUUUCUCCACUCAAAAGCACUCAGUAUUGUCUUUCUUCUUAUCUUCCCACCUGCAAUGCCUUUCGCGGCUGUCUGUUCAUGUCCUCUUUUACUGAUGCAGAAACGAAAAAGGAACCUGAAAAAAAUCCAGACCUGGUGAAUGAGAUUUCUCGAAUUCUUAGUGACUACAGAAGCCCUCACCACGACAUUGAGUCCGCACUCAAUCCAUUUUCCGGCAGUAUUUCAACCAAUGUAGUUGAACAAGUCCUCAAACGUUGCAAAAAUCUUGAAUUCUCUGCGCACAUCUUCAUAUGGGCACAAAAGUUAUCAGGUUUUUGCCAUAGUCGAGAAAGCUUUCACAUUCUUGUUGAUAUAAUAGGAAGUAGUAAACAGUUCCCUUUGAUAUGGGAUUUCCUUGUUGAGAUGAGAACGAAUAGAUCUUGUGAAAUUACUCCCCAAAUUUUCUGGCUUGUUUUCAGGGCUUAUAGUAGAGCUGGUUUGCCAGCUGAUGCAAUUAGGGCUUUUAAUAAAAUGGUAGAUUUUGGGAUUAAACCAUGUUUAGCUGAUCUCGAUAAGCUUUUGCUGGCGCUGUGUAAAAGAAAGCAUGCCAAGCAAGCGCAGGAGUUCUUCGAUAAAGUGAAGGAUGAUUUCAUGCCGAGUGUGAAAACUUACAGCAUUCUGAUAAGGGGAUGGGGAGAUUUAGGGGAAGUUGCUGAAGCACAAAAGCUGUUUGAUGCAAUGCUUGAAAGAGGCUGUUCAGUUGAUUUGCUUGCUUAUAAUAGUAUUUUGGACUCACUAUGCAAGGCUGGUAAGAUGGAUGAGGCCUUCAACUUCUUCAUGAAGAUGAGGUCCAUUGGACUGAUACCUGAUGCUUUUAGUUAUUCAAUUUUCAUUCAUGGUUAUUGCGUGGCGAAUGAUAUUCAUUCAGUUUUCAGGGUCCUUGACCAGAUGAGAAGGUACAAACUUGUGCCUAAUGUAUUUACAUAUAAUUGUAUCAUCAAAAAGCUUUGUAAGACCAAGAAGGUUGACGAGGCUUACCAACUGAUAGAUGAGAUGAUUAACGAAGGGGUAAGACCUGAUUGUUGGAGUUACAAUACAAUCCUAGCUUCUCAUUGUGAUCACAAUGAAGUUAACUUGGCACAUAGGCUGGUUUCAAGAAUGGAACGAAACAACUGCCUACCAGAUAAACAUACAUAUAAUAUGUUGCUUAAGAUGCUUAUUAGGGUGGGAAGGUUUGAUAGAGUUGAGAAAGUUUGGGAGAGCAUGGAAGACAGGAACUUUUAUCCUUCAGUCUCGACAUAUGCUGUCAUGGUACAUGGUUUCUGUCAGAAGAAAGGCAAACUUGAGGAAGCAUGUAAAUAUUUUGAAAUGAUGAUAGAUGAAGGCAUUCCUCCAUAUACAGCGACGUGUGAAAAAAUGAGAAAUAGACUAAUAGGUCAUGGAUUUGCAGAGCAGACUGAGAUACUUGCAGAUAAGAUGGAAAGGAGCACAUCUAGUUUAAUUCAAGAACUGGCAAGCAUAAUGAGAGGUAACAAGGCCUGUAUGAAAUUGAAACAUGAUGAAGAAUACUCGGAUGAAAAUUUUGAGUGAAAUGAUCUAGAAUCAUCUCAAUUCCCUGGUCAAGGUGAUACCUACUCUUGUCGCAUGUCGUUUAUUGGCAAGUACAUGCUGCAUUUCCUUGUUUUCUGAUAGCAGUGAGUGGUACUGACUUGGCUAUACCCAGUGGAAACUCCUGGCUCAGAUAGCAAAUUAUAGCCACAGAGGCAAAACCUUGGUCCGACCUAUUAUCUUGUGAUGGAAAAUUAUAGUCAAAGAGUGGUGACAAUUUGGUCCAAGUGAGUUUCUUGAUCUGUAUAUUUCCGUAGCAAAGCCUAGAUUAAUUUUUAUGGUCUGGCUUUCCUGUGGGUCCAGUUGCUCUUUACCAUUCAAUAUGUGUAAAUGACAUCCUAACUUGUAAAGAUUUGGAUGUGGUGUAAUUGGCUUGCAAGGUUAAUGAACGAAAGGCAUGUAGUUAUCUCUUGGAGUCCACAUUUUGUGUUGGAUUCUUCGCAUCCUUAAAGGACAAGCUGAAGGGCCAUCAACUUUCAAGAGUAAACAAGGGGGUUUUAUUAGAAAGGGAAAAAAAGGUUAACAAGGGGUCGCAAGGUUUGCUUGCUAGUUGAGUGAUGCGUUGUACGUGGUAAUUACUGCUGGAAUACAUUAGUUAAGGCAUGCAAGAAUCUCCGGCUGUACCAGAGCAUAUUAAGGACAUAAUUCUUUUGUGUUUGAAUGGGAACAUCUGAAUUAAAUAUUUAAUUGCGAGACAUUUUCUGGAAAUGCCAUGCAGAUGGAUAAGUUGUCGAUU